AUGGGGUUGUCUUUCACCAAGCUUUUCAGCCGGCUCUUUGCCAAGAAAGAGAUGCGAAUACUUAUGGUGGGUCUUGAUGCUGCUGGUAAGACGACUAUACUGUACAAGCUGAAGCUGGGAGAGAUUGUUACAACCAUCCCCACAAUUGGAUUCAAUGUGGAGACAGUGGAAUACAAGAACAUCAGCUUUACAGUCUGGGAUGUUGGUGGUCAAGACAAGAUUCGACCUUUGUGGAGACAUUACUUCCAAAACACUCAAGGGCUUAUUUUUGUGGUCGAUAGUAAUGAUCGGGAUCGUGUGGUUGAGGCAAGGGACGAGCUGCACAGGAUGUUGAAUGAGGAUGAGUUAAGGGAGGCUGUGCUCCUUGUAUUUGCAAACAAGCAAGAUCUUCCUAACGCCAUGAAUGCUGCUGAGAUCACUGACAAGCUUGGUCUUCAUUCUCUCCGCCAACGUCACUGGUAUAUCCAGAGCACAUGUGCCACCUCAGGUGAAGGGCUGUACGAGGGGCUGGACUGGCUCUCCAACAACAUUGCUAACAAGGCGUAGGAGAUUGCGUGAUCUUCAAUGAGUUUUGAGCUCAAUCUAUGUCAAAAAGGAGACUUCAUGUCUUUUUUUUUUUUCCUGGAUUUUCUUGUUUGAUUCAUCUUCUCCAAGAAUGAUCUGAUUUUCCCAUUUGCUUUGCGGUCAUAUGAUACAAGUUGGCAUUUAUCUUUGUUGAUGCACAGUAAUUCCUGUUUUUUUCUGCACCCUGUGUUAAAUAUUAUUUACGUGGCAUUAUUAUCUACAUUAGGUAGAGUAAAGCGGAAACUAUUGUACGGAAUGCAUGAUCAAAUUGAUAGAUUUUAUUUUUGCAAAUUUUUGUAUUCAAUGGUAGAGU